AUGGCUUCUCUCGCACCUCCCCAGUUGCGCGUCGACACCCGCCAUCCCCGCGGGGACAAUGAUCACGACGACGCGAUAACACCAUCACCCAUCUCGACACACUCAAAUCCGUUUCUCACGCCGGCAGUCAGCUCCGCGACAAGUAUGCAUUCCAGCACAACAACAGUCGUCCCGGAGGACCCGGAUACCGCACUCCGGCCCGACCCCGGCACCGAAGGCGACUUUGUUGUCGACAACAACCCGUUUGCAUUUAGCCCUGGGCACCUCAACAAACUUUUGAACCCAAAAUCUUUACCUGCAUUUUUGGCCCUCGGCGGACUCCGUGGCAUCGAAAAGGGCCUUCAAACAGACGUCAAGGCCGGUUUAUCGCAGGAUGAGGCUGCCGCCCGUAGUAGGGUCAGCUUCCAGGAGGCAACCGGCCACAAGGAGCCAUCCUUCGCCACUGCCAGUGCUCAGCCCACCACCACGCACCAAGCUGACGGCAAUGGUUUCACCGACCGUAUCCGCGUCUACGGCAGGAACGUCCUUCCCCCGAAGAAGGCUACACCGCUGUGGAAGCUGAUGUGGAACGCUUAUAAUGACAAAGUAAUUAUUUUGCUGACCGUCGCCGCCGCGAUUUCAUUGGCGCUCGGUCUUUACGAAACAUUUGGUGCGGUACACGAUCCCAACGAAGGCCAACCGGUCGACUGGAUUGAGGGCGUGGCCAUCAUCGUUGCGAUUUUGAUCGUGACCCUAGUCGGGUCUCUUAAUGAUUGGCAAAAGGAGCGCGCCUUUGUCAAGCUUAAUGCUAAAAAGGAGGAUCGCGAGAUCAAGGUUAUUCGAUCCGGCAAGUCCUAUAUGAUUAACGUUGCAGAGGUCCUCGUCGGCGAUGUCAUCCACCUAGAACCCGGCGAUCUCGUCCCAGUGGACGGCAUCUACAUCAGCGGCCACGACCUGAAGUGCGACGAGUCCUCGGCUACCGGCGAGUCUGACGCGCUCAAGAAGACUGGCGGCGAUGCGGUGUUCAACGCGAUGCAGUCUGGCAACGCGCCCAAGGACCUGGACCCCUUCAUCAUCUCCGGCGCCAAGGUUCUCGAGGGUGUCGGAACCUUCGUCUGCACCUCUGUCGGUACCAACUCGAGCUUCGGAAAGAUCAUGAUGUCGGUUCGUACCGAAACCGAGUCUACGCCUUUGCAGAAGAAGCUCGAGGGCCUUGCUCUGGCUAUCGCCAAGCUCGGUAGCACCGCUGCUCUCUUCCUCUUCGUCGUCCUUCUGAUCCGCUUCCUGGCCGGUCUGCCAAACGACAGCCGCCCCGGCGCUGAGAAGGCAUCGUCGUUUAUGGAUAUCUUGAUCGUUGCUAUCACGAUUAUCGUCGUGGCUGUUCCGGAGGGUCUACCCCUGGCUGUCACCCUUGCCUUGGCAUUCGCGACCACCCGGCUUCUGAAGGAGAACAACCUGGUGCGUGUCCUGCGGGCUUGCGAGACCAUGGGCAAUGCGACCACGAUCUGCUCCGACAAGACUGGUACCUUGACGACAAAUAAGAUGACGGUCGUCGCCGGCACUUUUGGCUCUGCCAGCUUCUCAAAGUCCUCUGACGGAGAGAAGGCUAGCUCAGCAGUCGCGUUCGCCCAGUCUCUCCCUACCGCCACCAAGAAGCUCAUCGUCCAGUCUGUCGCAAUCAACUCCACCGCCUUCGAGGGCGAGGAGGACGGCCAAGCCACCUUCAUCGGCUCGAAGACUGAGACCGCCCUGCUUCAGUUUGCGAAAGACCACCUUGGUAUGCAGGCUCUGGCUGAGACCCGCGCCAACGAGGAGAUCGCCCAGAUGAUGCCAUUCGACUCUAGCAAGAAGUGCAUGGGCGCCGUCAUCAAGCUGCCCGGUAACGAGGGCUACAGACUGGUUGUCAAGGGUGCUUCUGAGAUUCUCUUGGGAUACUGUAGCCAGAAGCUCGACGUUUCCGAUCUUUCCAUCUCGGCUCUAGAGCAAGCCGACCGUCAGUUCCUGGAGGCGACCAUCGACUCUUACGCCAAGCAGUCUCUCCGCACCAUCGCUCUGAUCUACCAGGACUUCCCCCAAUGGCCCCCUCACGGCGUCAACGCCACCUCCGAGGGCCAUGUUGACCUCGGCGAUGUCCUCCACGACCUUGUCUUCGUCGGUGUUGUUGGUAUUCAGGAUCCUGUCCGCCCUGGUGUUCCCGCGGCCGUGACUAAGGCGAAGCACGCCGGUGUCGUCGUCCGCAUGGUCACUGGUGACAAUGCCGUUACUGCUAGGGCUAUUGCUACUGAGUGUGGCAUCUUCACCGAGGGUGGUCUUAUUAUGGAAGGCCCGGUCUUUCGGACUCUGUCUCCCGAGGCUAUGGAUGAGGCUCUGCCCCGUCUGCAGGUCCUUGCUCGCUCCUCGCCCGAAGACAAGCGCAUCCUGGUCACCCGCCUCAAGGCUCUGGGCGAAACCGUCGCUGUGACUGGCGAUGGUACCAACGAUGCACCGGCGCUGAAGGCUGCGGACGUGGGCUUCUCGAUGGGUAUCUCUGGUACUGAGGUUGCUAAGGAGGCCUCGGCUAUUGUGCUGAUGGACGAUAACUUCACUUCCAUCGUCACGGCCCUCAAGUGGGGUCGCGCGGUGAACGACGCCGUCCAGAAGUUCCUUCAGUUCCAAAUCACGGUCAACAUCACCGCCGUCCUCCUCGCCUUCAUCACAGCCGUCUCCUCCCCGAACAUGGAAUCCGUCCUCACCGCGGUCCAACUCCUCUGGGUCAACCUCAUCAUGGACACCUUCGCCGCCCUCGCCCUCGCCACGGACCCUCCCACCGAAAAGAUCCUCGACCGCCUCCCGCAGGGCAAGAAGGCGCCCCUCAUCACCAUCAACAUGUGGAAGAUGAUCAUCGGCCAGGCCAUCUUCCAGCUCACCGCCACCCUGAUCCUGCACUUCGCCGGCAACGCCAUCUUCGGCUACGACGCCGCCAACGAGGACCAGCAGCUCGAGCUCGACUCCAUGAUCUUCAACACCUUCGUGUGGAUGCAAAUCUUCAACGAGUUCAACAACAGACGCCUCGACAACAGGUUCAACAUCUUCGAGGGCGUGCACCGCAACUACUUCUUCAUCGUCAUCAACUGCAUCAUGGUCGGCGCCCAGGUCGCGAUUAUCUACGUCGGCGGCAAGGCCUUCCGCAUCACCCCCGGCGGUAUCAGCGCCGAGCACUGGGGCGUGUCCGUUGUCAUCGCGUUCCUCUCGCUCCCCAUGGCCGUCCUCAUCCGUCUCUUCCCGGAUCCCUGGUUCGAGAAGAUUGCCAAGACCGUCGGACGCCCCGUGGUCAUUGUCUACCGCGCCCUGGCCAGAGUGUUCUCCCGUAUGGGAUCCGUCUUCCGUCGCAAGAAGACUGUCGAUGCUGAGUCUUCAUCCACCGAGGACAACGGCGUCGUCUCCGGCGACGAGUCCAAGGCCAUCGCGGCACCUGAGAUCAUCAUCUCCACGCAACCCGAAGACACCCCCAACACCCGCGACGUCGAGAAGGGCCGCUAA